AUGGAGCUGAAAUACUCCGAGGCUCCGAGAUCGCCGCCACGCGCCUUUACAAAAGGGGCAGCUUUUAGCAUUGAGCUUACAUCUGUGGGCUCGGAUCCUCGGAACAUUGCCAUCAUUCUCACUCUCUCAACUUCAUCGCAGCCAAUCCAAGCCUCAAUGAGUCUCCAGCAGAAAGAAAUCGACCGAGUUUUGCAUCUCCGUCGCAUCUCGCAGGCUCGGUCCUGCUAUCCGUGUCGCCAGCGCAAGGUCAAGUGCGAUCACGGCCAGCCUUGCCAGACCUGCCGGAAACGAGGCCAUCCCGAGAUCUGCUCGUACAAUGUGGGCACUCCCGAGAAGAAGCGCGGACGACGUGCCAAAGCAGCAGCAGCAGCCGCCGUAAGCACAGCUUCUCACAGGGGUGCUGUCCAAAGGGGGGGAUCUGAGCCUGAGCCCGAGUCAGAACCAGAGGCCGGGCUUGAGCCACCACGACGGAACGAUGAUGCUGGUGCUCAUGGCCACGAGUCCGAGCCUUCUCUCGCUCAUACGCCGUCUUCUCUUGCUACAACGCAGACGUCAAACUCGAUACUAUUUACGAGAUCUGCAGACACCACAGCCGCCAGCUGUCAUCCACCCCGAAAAGAGCUCUAUCAAGGAGGCAGCUCCGUUCUCACCAUGUUGCACGGCUCAACCGACUCUCCCGCGGUAGAGAUGAGGCGCAAGGCUGGCCCAGUCCUUGGCUUACACAAUACCCUCGAGUUCUAUCCUUUUAUGAAGCUCAAAACAUGGCAAGAGAGAUGGGUGGCGUUGCUGAAGCUGAUCCCACAGAAACAAGAAGUGUUACGGUACGGCCAUGAUGCAUUCUCUCAAGUCCAUCGAUGCCGGAUCGUAUUACACACAUGGCGCCAUCUUGCUGACCAUUGUACUCUCGCUGUUAGAUAUUUCCCCUCACAUGGAGCGACGAUAUAUCCCCUGAACCCUGUCAUGCUGGAUCCUGACGGUCUAGAGUCUGCUUUCUGCGAGUAUCUCACCGCCCUGGAAGCUGGUGAACUUCGUAGUCCCGACGUGCCAUCUUCGAAAUGGGUCUGCAAAGCCUACAUAUCCAGAAUUGCUUUGCUGCUGGCCGCACUUGCUACUAGUGCCCAUUACUCGGUGAUGCAAUCUCCGAAGAAGCGGUCUGAGCAUUGCCUCGACUUUGUGCAACGCGCUUUUGACGCUCUACGUCUGGCCAACUAUGUACUGCAUCCAUCACUCGACGGGAUUCAGACCUUGCUCAUCAUCGGAACUGUUCUCCAGGAUGUCGGACAGUCGGACGGCGCGUGGGUCAUGAUGGGCACCACAGUCCGGGCAGCGCAGGCGUUGGGCUUGCACACGCAGAGUGCGUCUCAGCAGUCUGAUGACGGGGCAAAGAAGAAACAGGCACUUUGGGAUGCCAUUUGUAGACAGGACGGCUUGCUGAGCCUGUGCCAUGGCCGGCCGCACAUUGCAUCCAAGCAAUCUUUUGCGACGGAAAACACUCUUAAACACUCCAAUAGACCACUAGACUUCUCAGAGAUGAUGUGCGGCAUUGUAAAAACUAGCAGCAGCCUUCUAGAACUGGAGCAGCUUAGUUGUGAGGCAUCAAUGAAGCUGCUGGCCGAGUUGGACGGAUACCGAUCGCGAGCCGCCCCGUAUCUACGGUGUCGAGAGAAAUGCACAAACAUCCAGCAGCGCUACGAGAGCUUGACGAUAGAAAGCCAUCUGUCCUUUGCAGUCUCGAUCAUGUGCCGUCCCGCGCUAUCAAAAUCCGCUCUUACCGAGAACGAGCCUGACGUUGUCCGAGCUCUCAGGGCGCAGGCCAAGGACAGCUUGAUGAGCACGGCAAAGGCAUUCAUCGAUUUUCAGGCCGUGAGCAUCAUUCCCAUCCGGACUUGGUCUUUGAUUCACGCUGUCCUGAGUGCCACGAUUGUGCUCUGUCUGUGGGAGGAAACGCGGCGUGACCAGGAGAGUCGAGAUGUGCUGCAGCGAGUCAUGGAAAUCUUCUCCCGGGCAGCCCAGGCGGACGACGAGACUGGCAUGAUGGUGGAUGCGUCGGGAAACAGCAAUUGGCUGUCCAUGAAUCACAUCAGAGCGCUGGUGGCUCUGCAAAACGCCAUACAGACAGAUCCCGCCCUGCACGCUUGUGGUGGUUCGUCGUCUCCUGAACGACAAGAAGCAGACGACGUGGUGCAGCAGAACUACUCUUUGCCGAGGGGGCAGAACACGGCACCGAUAGAUCCGAUGAUGGAGGCCGGGAUGGGUUACAACUUUACCACAAUGCUAGGCCAGAGCUGGCCAAUGGACGAAUACAUGUAUCCCUGGGACACGUCGGGCCUGUCGCCUUUGAUGUAUCUCGACUCGAUUAUGAAGGCGCCAUAUGAGGCCGUGGAUGAAUUCUGA